AUGGAUGAAGGUGAGGACAGCCAGGAAAAGAAUCUCUCCAUUCUGGACCACUUUUCAAAGAAACGUAAAGGCAAAAAGCGUGUGACAUUCCCCCCAGAUGAAGACAUGGUAUCAGACUUUGUGGAGCACUCGGAGACUCAGAGACCUGUGUACAAUGUGACACUGAAAGAGGUGACGUCAGCUUACAAACAGAGAUGUCUGAAACACCAAGUGGACCCAAAAUCCAAAGUCCUGAAGCAGAUUGAGGAAGGAACUGCAGAAUGCAGCCACCCCAAGCAGCUGGAUUUGCAGGGUGAACGAUUAGAUUACCAUUCGUGUGAGUCUCUUGAAGACAUACUAAAAUUACUGCAGUUUGAUUUCAUCAAUCUACGGGAGACUCAACUGGAGGAGAAUGGUGCAUCUUCAUUGUUGGAUAUGAUUUCAUAUUAUGAAUCAACAACACAUCUUGAUAUAUCCUCCAAUACAAAUAUUGGGAUUUGGGGCUGGCAAUCUCUAUCUCAUUUGAUUCAGCAGAGCCGCUGCCUGCGGAGGCUGGAUGUCAGCAACAUGCCUCUCCUGGAUGACAUCGCACGAAUGCUGUCAGGCGCCCUCCUUUGUAGCAGGCUGACUGUCCUGUGUCUAGAGAACAGCUGUCUGAGUGGCAGGCCCCUCUUCACUCUGGUUGGUACGCUUAAGAAAAACACUUCGCUAGAAGAGCUCUGUCUCGCCAACAACAAGCUCAACAGUUUCCAAGACUCAAUGCAGCUGGGAGACCUCCUGAAAUACAACCAUUGUCUGCAGUACUUGGACCUGAGCAAUAAUCUGAUAUCUGAUCCAGGUCUGGAGGAAAUCUGUGAAGGUUUAAGAGCUCAGAAAAGCAAUCUGAGGACGCUUCUGUUGUGUGGCAACUAUUUAACAGAGCAGGGCAUGGUCCACUUGGCCACCGUAUUGCCUGGAAUAAAAACGCUGGAAACACUGAACCUCGGAAAUAACAAUCUACAGAACCAGGGAAUUCAAAGACUGAAGGAUUCGCUCAUUGCCAGCUGCUCCCUCCAGCAGCUUUGCUUGGCCUGUACGCAGAUCACCUGUGAAGGUGUGGUGGCCUUGGCUGAGUUCAUUGCAGAAAGUCGGAAAAUCCAACAACUGGAUAUUCAGGAAAACUUAGUGGGAACUGGUGGUCUGAUGGCCCUGUCAUUGGCCUUGAAGAUCAAUCACUCACUGGUGAGGGUGGCUGUGGACCACAAACCCAAAGAGAAUGAGCCUGGGCGCCAUGGAGGGGAGAUAAUUGGAUUUGUUGUCACCUCCAGUAGCUGCCAGGAGCUGGCGUCGGCUGUGGUUAGUGAUGAAGACAUCACUGUGACAGGGCCCAGAGAACAGAUCAGCUGGCAUUCUGGCACCACUAAUAAAGACUGGGUUUGUGUCCAGGCAGGCAAGGGUUGGCCAGCUGUUCACUGCACCUCUGAGUUUGCUGAGGAGUUCCUGGUUGCAAUGCAGAAGAACCUUCUGGGUGUAAUAUCUGACCGCUGCCGUGACAACGCCGGCGGGAGUGAACGGACACCCUCGCAACCAGGCCACCCACCCAGCAACAGCGAUGCUGUUAACCGAGCUCUCUCAGAUCCAAGAAUGGUCCUUCUAAAGACAUCCCAUGGCGUGCGUUCGCGCAACUCUAACAGGGGUGGAGGCUUCGGGGUGAGGUUGGAAUUGGAGUCCUUGAUUGGCCAUCAUGUUCUUCAGUUGUCCAGUGAGGAGCUCUUGAACACCAAAGAGAGGAGCCCUGUCUGCACGCUCUUGGUGAGCAUGCCUCUGCUCAGCACGUCCUUGGCAAGCUCAAGAACAUCCGGCCCCACGAUUUCCAAAAAAGGUGGACUAGGAUUUCCCCAGAAGGCGGUCCAGCCCAGGCGCCACAUGCCUGCUCAUUUUAUCAAGCACACGUCACAGCUCAGUGGCCUCAGACACAUCGUGGCCACAGUGCAGAUUAAGUGA